GGAGAGGGAAUCUAGCCUUUUUAGUGGAUGAAAAGUUUUCAACUUUCGUUUUACAAAUCAGUAGAUGUUGAUGAGAAUACCUCUAACAAUACUCAAAACCACUGUAUUCAUAAUCAACCUCCCUCUUCAAUUCCUAUUAUUCCUCCUACAUUGACUGACUGAUGAGAAUAUCACAUUUCUUGAUUCAUUUACUAUUUUAAUAAUAUAUUUAGAUAAGUCCAAUGUCCUGUAAUUAGAAAACAUAUAUGUACCACGUUUUUUUAUAAUUAGUGUUUGAAUCCUUGUUGACGAUGAUGUUUUAUGAAGAAUCAUCAAGGAUGCUGCAUUAGUUAAUCUAACAAGUUACGUUAUUUAUCUUUUCUGAUCACAUUUUCUUAAUUGAUCUUUAUAAUGACUUAUAGUCAAUCAACUUGAUGUAGAACCUGUAAACUAGUUAUAGUCGACCAAAUUUCUGAUUCCUGAUGACUUUCUUCAGGCAUGGAAAUUUACUUGAAUUUCAAGUAAAUAAGCGUACAAUGAGAAAGAAUAUUUUACUGUUACUUAUUGCCUUUAACGUGUGUUAUGAAUUACGAUUGAUUGGAAAAAGAAAGAACUAACUAUAGUUAAUCAGAUUAAAGUACAAUACUAGUUUAUAAAGUUAUUAAUUGUUAGUCUGAGUUGUUUAUGUAGUUUCCUUUCGAUUGUGUGACCUGUAAAAUAACCGUAAAAUAUAUAGUUAUAGAUCAGAUCACAUGUUUUAAGCAAGUCUCAAUGGCGCAAGUACUUUUAUUUCUAAGUUGUGGAUACAUUAUUCUCUUGAUUGUACGGUUUCCUCUAUUUUCAUUUUUAUUUAUAUUUUGGUUUGAUACUACUGUUACUUUUUAUGUUUUCACUAUUUGGAUUUUCUUUUGUUAAUUUCAUUUUGAUGUGUUGAUAUAAUGUACAGCAACUUAUACUGAUACAUAUUUAUCUAAGAUCAUGCGCUUAUUUUAUUUGGUUAUUUAUCUCUUUCAUGUUCAACUUUAUUUUUUAAGCAUGAAAGUAAUGGGUUAGUUGUCUAAAUGUUUGUUUUUUCAACAAUUAAAUCUCAAGUUAGGAAUUCCUUUCAUCUAUUUCGGGAUACAGAGCCUGAUAGUACUAAUUGAUACUCAUUGCGAAUGUGAUUAUUAGCUACAUGUAUAAACCUAUACUUGGUAAGCAAGUAGUCAUCUAUAAUUGUGGUAAUGUAAACAUUAAAAUAGUCGUUAUAAGCAUAGAUGGAUGGUGGCUAGCAGUGGAAUCCAGGACGCGCAUUUCGUCCUGUUUGAGACUGAUCCUUGGCAGUCCUAAACGUCUAUGGCAAGAUUCGAACAACCAAUACAAAAUGAAUUAAAUUUCACCUUAUAAGCGAUUGACAAAUAGCAGUCCUAAACGUCAAUGGGAAGAUUAAAACGAUACAAUAUGAGUUAAAGUAGAAGAUUUAAAUAUUUCACGUUAUAUGAAUACUGUUUCCCAUGUACUCAAUAUUCUCAUCUUUCGUUGCAUUCCAUGUUAUUUUAUAUUAGGCACUCGUGUUUAUAGUCCACCUGAAUGGAUUUUAAAUAAUCGAUAUCAUGGCAAACAAGCUGAAGUAUGGUCUUUAGGUGUACUACUCUAUGAUAUGUUAUGUGGUGAUAUCCCUUUUGUUAAUGAUAAAAGUAUUAUCGGAGGGAAAUUGCGAUAUCGUAGAGACAAUAUAAGUGAAGCAGCAAAACAUCUUAUUGCGAGUUGUUUAAAUAUGGAUCCGUCUAAACGUCCAUCUUUGCUAGAAAUCCUUCAACAUCCAUGGAUGCAAGCCCAUCGUCCUCAAACUGGUGCUAAAAUUCCACUAGCUUCUCAAAUAGCCUUAGAUGCCUUGGAGAAGGGGUCAAACUCGGACGCUACUCCAAAUAUUUCAAAUUUAUCUGAUUUACAUUCUGUAGAAGUGCAAAGUUCAAGUCUAUCAAGUCAAAUAAUAUCUGGUUUUCCACAUUCUUGUUCCUUUACAAAUCCUUCCAUAAGUAUUGAUGACAAGCAUAAAAAUAAACAAACUAAUCAUAUUGACCACUCACAAACAAUUUUAGAUUCAAAUUAUUGUUCUUCCGGUAUGGAUAGUCGCUCAAGCCUUCAUUUUCAUAUCCCUUCAGGUACCACUGAAUUAGUAGGAUCAAGUAUUGGUUAUGCUUUCCAUGACUUUCUUAGAGAUGAGGUUUCGAUUGGUGAAUUUUCUCAAUCUCCUGUGUCUAGUAUAUCUCCUCAACUUGAAACAGCAUGGUCUAUUCCAAAUAGAAAAAUUAAUGAACGAGUGGAUUUAAACAUUCAGACAUUUCCUCCAGAUAGUAGACUAUCAUGUCAACAAACAUCGUGCCCUGAAAUUAUACCGCGUCUUCAUUCCAAUGAGUCUGAUUCUAGCUCUGGUUAUUAUUCACGCUCUGAUUCUUUGUCAUCGAACGACGGGAAACAGCUCAUUUCAGCUGUAAAUGUUAGUAACUUACGUACUUGUUCAACUGCAAGUCAUAUGGCAUCUGUUAUGUCCGUUACUAAACCUGUCACAACAGCUGUCAAUGAUAAAUCUCCUUGUUCAACUGAAGUAUCCUCUUCAUAUUCCCGACUUCAAAAUAUGGAUCUUCCUGUUCAUUUACAUUAUUGGCGUUCAGGUAGUUCCAGCAAAACAUCUUCUGAUUCAUCGUCAUCUUACUCAUCUACAAAAUCUAAUUGUUUUGAUAAACAGCUCCGGCAAAUUAGUGAAAAUACACCAACCAUUCCUUACUCAUCUUCAUAUCUUAAUCCUUCUUGGUCCGUAAUUUUAAAUUCAUCUAAGCCCACAUCCCAAAUCUAUUCGGCUAAUACAACUCAUUCCAGUGUACCGUGUUCAGGUGUGACUGCAUAUUCUCCAACUACAAAUGCUGUAACUAGCUCAAAUACAGAUAUGGUAGACACAUUGAGUAGUCUGUUAUCAUCUUCAACUUCAAAAUUAAAUUCUUCUCUAUCAACUCACAAUUGGUUUUUAAGCGGUAAUAAUAUUGACAUGGAUCACGUAUGACUGUAAACUUUUUAAUGUACACAAUCAUUAUAGAAAAAAAUGUAAGAGAAAUAGUUAAAAGUUAAUACAUCUUAAUCUGUAAUGUACUCUUUCAGUAGGAAAUAAUCAAUACAUUGAUCUGAUUAUUUUAUAUCCACAGUACAUCAUAGAUUUAAAUGCUCCACGCUUUAAUUAUUGUUGUCAUUUUUUUAAAAUACCAUAAUUAUGUACAUUUAUGUGUAUAAUGUACUAUCUGGUUGGUAACUUGUUAUCUUUAUAUCAUUAAAAUCAAAACAAUAUUUACAGAUUAAUGAUUAUUAUUAUUAUUAUGCUAAAUUGGAAAAGUGGUAUUUGAAAUUCUUAAUCUUUAUUAUGAUUAUUAUUAUUAUCAUUAUUGUUUUCAAUCAAUUUCGUGCUGUAGAAAUUUUCCAAAACUGUGUUGUUUUCCUUUUGUUUAAUAUUAUUAUUGUUAUUAUUACCCAUUACUAUUAUUAUUAUUACUAUUAUUAAUAAUUUAAUUGUUAAAUAUUCUUUAAAAUGUAUUUGUUUGGUUUUCGUUCAUGUCUUGAGAAUUUUAAUUUGACAAUUUGUCUCAUUAUGAUUAUUAUUAUUUUUUUUGACAAAAAAAGGACUAACAAAAUGUUUCUGAUUUUAUUUCUGAUACUUUUCUCUUGUCCUUCUCAUUUACUAUGUACUUGUUUGUGUGUGUAUUUUUUUAAUGGCUUUAUGUACUCAUGAAAAUUGCUCACACUACUUGAUGGCCUUUAAAAAUUUAUAUGCAUAUAUAUAUAUAUAUAUGCUGUAGUUUCAAAUCACUUUCGUUUAAACCUACUCUGCAGUGUACUCUUGAUUUCCAGUUACUUGUUUGAUAUUGUGUGAAGUGUACACCAAAAGUUCUGUACAUAUUAGAUCUGUUUUUUUUCUUGUACAUA